UUUUGAAACAGUGUAUGGUGAGUUAGAGAACCUCUCUUGCUCACCAGGAACAGACUGACACUUAUUCCCCAAAAGCAAGAAGAAUGUUAAAGAACUUGUGGACAUGAAAGAGUGAAACUUCUCUAUCCCGCCUCAUAACUAAUGGUUUACAGGAGGUUUGAGUGGAAUUUUUUCUUAUCUUUGUGGAUUUUGGGAGUGCUGUGAACUCAAAAAGUAGCCAUGCAUUAUCUCUUCACUUUAGGAGUCAUAGUGCUGUGUACUUUACAAACUGAGGCUACCUCGAAUCGUUGUGAUGAGCCACUCACUGUCCGCCACUCAACUAUUUGCACGUCUUGUGCUGCUGCACCUGCUAUUGUCUGCCCAAAGAGCUUUAAGAAGACUUCAACUGAUGAUGAGUGCCGGUAUAGGGUACAAAUCGGCAGUCGCCAGCUGGAGCUGCCUGGCUGCUCUCGUUCCUGUGAGAAAGUCACUCUGAUCAAGCGAUGCUGUCCUGGCUUUUUCGGUUCUCUGUGUUCACCUUGUCCGAAAUUGUCAGGAAAAGUGUGUAAUUGGCAUGGUACCUGCAUGGAUGGUGAAUCCGGGAAUGGCACCUGUGUGUGUGAGGAAGGCUUCUCUGGCUUUGCAUGUCAGAAAUGCUCUAAUGAGAAGGCCUAUGGUGAGCGCUGCAGCUCAGUGUGCGAUUGUGUGCAUGGAACGUGUAAUUCGGGUCCGGAUGGCGACGGGCGGUGUUAUUGUCAACCACCAUAUUCAGGACCUAAGUGUGACCAGGUUACGUCUUCCUGUUCAGAUUGCAGUCCCUACUCGUACUGUAAAGGGGAGGGUCCAAGUGCUAAGUGUGAAUGUCUUUCAUCCUUUUCGAAGGUUGGAAAAGUCUGUGUAGGUAUUUGCACAAAGGAUGUUUGCGACAUGAAUGCAGUUUGUUUGUACAAUGGUAAAGGACAAUUUCAGUGUACAUGCAAAACUGGAUUUGAGGGAGAUGGCAAGUUCUGCACCCCGAUCAACUCUUGUUCAAAUAAUAAUGGAGGCUGUCCAACAAACUCCACUGUUUGUGAAAGCACAGGACCAGGCCAGUCAAUAUGUGUAUGUCAGAAUGGGAUGGAAGGAUCAGACCCUCGCGCUGGUUGUACACUAAAAUCUGCCUGCAAGGCGGACACGUGCCACAUGAGUGCACGAUGUGAAACUGGCCAGGAUGGAAUAGCCAGGUGUGUAUGCAGUUCUAAACAGAUUAGCGAUGGGUGGCGCUGUUAUGGAGAUAUUAUGGAGCGUGUUUUGGAACUGGAUCGGGAAGGCAGCCUGGCAGGAAACCUUAGCGGAAGCAUUGCAUUGUUUGAGAGAGGAUGUAAACUCAUUCUGAGCACACAUGGGCCCUUUACAGCAUUUAUCCCGGUGGAUACAUCACAAAUAUCUGUGGGCCAACUUAACCAAGCAAGAAGAGCAGAAGCCAUCUGCAAGCACCACCUUAUUCUUGGUCAGCGUCUUUACAAAAACUUGGAGGGACAAGAUUUAUGGACAUAUGGAGGGGAAAUUAUGAGAUUCAAAUUAAAUAAGAGGUUUAUUUCAAAAAAUGAUCCUGAUACCCCCUUCAAGAUAAUCAAGAGUGAUAUACCUGCAUCAAAUGGAAUUAUUCAUAUAGUGGACAAAGUGUUUACCUUUGCUACUAAAGGCACUUUGGACAGUGUUGAGUUCUCUUCAAAAACCAUCGGGGACAUUCUUGCAGAAGAUGCCAGAUUCAAUAGAUUUGUAUCACUGAUAGAUAACUGUGGCAUUCCAAUGCCACUCCAAGGUCCUGGGCCACUCACACUGUUUGUCCCAACCAAUAAAGCCGUGGACAGAUCCAGGGAUGGUAGUAUUAUAUACAUGCUAAAGGAUGCUAAGCACAAACUUCAGGAGCUUCUGAAACACCAUAUGUUUUCUCAGGCCGCAGUAACUGUGGACCAGCUGGCUAGCAUGACAGAGAUCCAAACCAUGGCUAACCAGGUCAUAAUAAUCAAUGCCACUGGUGAUGGUAGAGUGUUGCUCACUGAAAAAGGAAUACCUCUUGAAGUGAAGGAUAUUGUUGCAUCCAAUGGAAUCAUUCACGUUAUCGAUGGACUUCUUGUGCCACCGUCCAUCGUUCCGAUCAUGCCACAUCGGUGUGAUGUUAAUGAGACUGCCAUUGUUAUGACUGAAUGUGUUUGGUGCAAUUACAUUUCUGAGGUACAAUGUCCACCUGGAAGCCAAGAAGAGAAUGUCCCUUUUCAAAAUUGUAAUCCCCCUCCUGAUCCACGAUGGAAUCAGUUCGCCAACGUACGAGGAUGUGCGAAAUACUGCCGAGUGAAUCGAAAGAGGGCUGAAUGCUGCAAGGGUUUUUUUGGUUCUGAUUGUAAACCCUGCAUUGGAGGGUUCCAACACCCAUGUUAUGACAAAGGCAUUUGUUCUGAUGGCAUUUAUGGUGAUGGUUCGUGUAAAUGUAACCCAGGCUUUAUGGGAAUUGGAUGCCAUAUCUGCUCUGACCCAAAGAAACAUGGAGAAAACUGUGAUGAAGAUUGCCGAUGUAUUCAUGGCCUGUGUGAUAACAGGCCUGGCAGCCAGGGUGUGUGUCGUAGAAACUCCUGUCUUCUUGGAUACACUGGAGAACUUUGUGAUCUCACCGCCAAGCUUUGUGAUUCAGAUGGUGCUUCAGAACACUGUCAUAUCCAUGCUUACUGUACACGUGAUGGCCUAAUGAACACGUGUGUGUGUAAUCCUGGAUAUGAUGGUGAUGGAUACUCCUGCACUGAAGCCAAUAUGUGCCUCAAACCUGACAGAGGAGGCUGCCAUACAAAUGCUCAGUGUGUGUACGCAGGCCCAGGAAAUGUAUCGUGUGUGUGUAAUGAGGGAUGGAUAGGUGAUGGAGCUGUGUGUGUGGAGAUUAACAACUGUUUAUUAGAAAAUCGUGGUGGUUGUCAUAUCUCUGCUGAUUGUACACCCACUGGACCUGGUCAGAAUCAAUGUGUCUGUAAGAAAGGAUUCAUGGGAGAUGGUAUCAUGUGUGAGUCGGUUAACCCCUGCCAGACAGACAAUGGAGGCUGCCAUGAAAUGGCAGCGUGUUCAUUUAAUGCCACAUCUGGUGUUCGGUGUACUUGUCCAGAAGAUUAUAAAGGAGAUGGCAUUACAUGCUAUGGGAAUAUACUGAUGGAGCUAGAUGGGAAUGCAGAUUUCUCCAGUUUCAACCGCUAUUUGCAAAGACAAUCGGUGAUCAGUGCUGAGGGCAAUGUGACUGCUUUAGUUCCCUCCAAAGAUGCAUUUAGAAAUAUGACUGAAUCAGAGAGGCUGUUUUGGACUGAUAUUUACCGCCUUCCUUAUACCCUGCAAGCUCACUUUUUGGAUGGCAUUUACACUUAUGAUGACUUGAAGAAGCAGGUCAACAAAACAGUCCAGACUAAGUUCAAGACAAAAUGGCAGGUUACAAUUAAAAACAAGGAACUUAUGAUUGAUAAUGCUGCGAUUCUUGUCCCAGAUCUUCAGGCAAUUAAUGGGUUCAUUCACAUCAUCAAUAAAGUUCUGAUACCAGACAUUGCUGAUCUCCCCCCUCCUCCCCCUGAACUGAUGGAGGUCCUCAGUAACACCCCCUCUUUAAGCCUUUUCAGGAAAGCAGUAAUGUUUUACAAUUUAACAGAAAGCAUCACAACAAGGGACUUCACUGUAUUUGUUCCAUCUGACAACGCAAUCAAGGAUUACCUUGAGCAAACAAAUUCUACACAACUGACUGAAAACAUUGUGAAAUAUCAUGUCAUACCAAGAGAGCAGCUUUUCCCUGAACACUUGACUGAUGGGAUGUUAAAAACAACACUCCUUGGAAAGGAAUAUCAAAUAAUGUUUCAUUCAAACAGAGAAAAUAAGACACUCAUUAAUGAUGUUCCACUGGAUGGAAUCUUCACAGAGCUAAGGCAUGGUGCCAUGAUCACCAUCUCCCAGGUUUUAGUGAUUCACAAAAACUACUGCAACAAAGAAGUGUACAUGAGAGCAUUUGGAAGGUGUGGUCCUUGCGACUCGGCUCCCAAAUGCUCGUACGGCGCCAAGCCUGUGAAGGAUGCAUUCCCUUUAAAUAUGAAGUCCAACUGUAAAUAUACUAAAAGAAUAAGACAAAAGAGGAAAUUAGUGGCAGGUUGCAAGAUGGACUGCAUAGAAACUGCAAAGGAUCAUACCUGCUGCCCUGGAUACUUUGGACAUGACUGUUUUAAAUGUCCUGGAACUGUGGACAACUGGUGUUCGAACAAUGGCAAAUGCCUGGAUGGCCUUUUGGGCAGUGGAGAGUGUCUGUGCAAUGAAGGGUUCCAUGGAACAGCGUGUGAAAUGUGUGAGCCUGGAAGAUAUGGCAAAGAUUGCAAAUCAGAAUGCCAUUGCGAUCAUGGAAAAUGUCUGGAUGGCUUCGAUGGUAAUGGCCAGUGUAUUUGCUACAGGGGCUGGAAAGGAGUGACCUGUUCUGUAGAGAUUGUUAAUGAUGCAUGCGGAGGCAUUUGUGAUCAAAAUGCCAACUGUUUUUCUCCAGGUUCAGGAGCAAAUCCAACAUGUAUCUGCGCAGCAGGUUACCAUGGAAACGGAACCUUCUGUCAAGAAACUGAUUUGUGUGCCACCAAUAAUGGUGGCUGUUCACAACAUGCAAACUGCACAAAAGUCUCACCUGGAGAAAGGAGCUGCACAUGUAAGAAAGACUACACUGGCGAUGGAACUGUUUGUCUAGAGAUCGACCCCUGUCUAGUUAAUAAUGGAGGAUGUUCUCAAACAACCGACUGCAUCAAAACUGGACCAAACAUGGCUGCGUGUGUUUGUAAACCAGGCUAUGCUGCAAAACGGAGUUUAUGCAUGCCGAUAAAUCCCUGCCUAAAGGACAAUGGCGGAUGCAGCAUCAAUGCUAUGUGUCUGUACAUUGGCCCGGGUGAGAGAAACUGCACAUGUCGAUAUAACUACAAAGGAAAUGGUAUUCAGUGUAUGGGAACUGUCAGUAGAGAGCUUCUUCACAAUUCAGAUGCUAAUUGGUUUCGGAAAAAUCUUGCUGAAUCAAGAGUCAGGGAUUUGUACAGUAAAGGACCAUUCACCUUAUUUGUACCUCAUGCAGAUUACAUUGGAAACUACUCGAUUGAAAUAUGGGAGAUUAAAAAACGCAGCCCAGAUCUGUUAAGAUACCACUUAGUUGGCUUUGACGAACUCUCUGAAUCAAAACUUAGAUCUCUCACACGUUUGAUUGCUGCUUCUGGGCAUGUGUUGAAUUUCAGCGUACGAGAUGGUGCUGUGUACAUCAACGGCAAUACAAAAAUAAUCUCUAGUGACUAUCAAUGCUCUAAUGGAGUCAUACAUUUCAUAGAUAAAGUCCUCGUCCCAUAUGAACUAAAGAACGAAACUAAAAGUGUUAACAGCUCAUUGAAUGUUAUGAAUGCAGCAGAAGCAUACGGAUAUACCAUGUUUGGCAGUUUGCUACAGAAAGCAAACCUGGUGGAUAUACUGCAGCAUUCAUCAUUUCAACCUUUCACUAUAUUCUGGCCCACUGAUAAAGCAUUCAAUAGUCUGCCACAGGAGCAGAAGAACUGGCUGUACAGUGAAGAUCAUUUUGACAAACUACAGGCUUACAUCAAAUUUCACAUCAUUCGUGAAGAGAAAGCAGUUGCUGUAUCCCUGCCAAGAGAAACAACUCUGAGAACGAUGUAUGGCUCAAAACUAACUUUUAGUUACAGCCAAGACCAAACUGGGGAUAUUUUAAUCAAUGGAAAUGAUGCCAAGAUUGUAGAACGCCAUCUGCAAUUCAUGACAGGAAUCGCACAUGGGAUUGAUAAGGUUCUAGAGCCUCCAAAUAUAGGGGCACACUGUGAUGACUUUUCACCUACAGAGAUUAAAAGUCGCUGUGGAUCUUGUUUGCAUCCACCAAAUUGCCCCUAUAGUAGUGUGGACUCUAACAAAACUAGUAUGUGCAAUAGACCAUGGAACCACUACAGACGGCAUUAUUUUUACGAUGACAUCGAGUUUCCCAGUUACAGAUUGCACUCAUUUGGCUGUCAACGAUUGUGCACUAAAAUGUCAUGGGUUUCAAAGUGUUGCAAGAACCACUAUGGACGAAACUGUCAAGUCUGUCCUGGAGGCUUGGAGGCGCCAUGUGGGAGUCAUGGUGAUUGUGAUGAUGGGCAAUAUGGAACAGGGGAAUGUAAAUGUCACAGUGGUUUUACUGGGACAGCAUGCACAUUGUGCAAAGAGAAGCAUUAUGGCCCCAACUGUACAGCCUGUUCCUGUACUCUUAAUGGGAAGUGCGAGGAUGGCAUAGAUGGUGAUGGUAGUUGUUUCUGCCAGGAAGGCUGGACAGGAGUGAAAUGCGAGUCUAAAAUCGAUGUGAAGCCAGUAUGCUCACCAGAGUGCCAUUCUAAGGCUGUGUGCCUUCCAGAGAAUCAAUGCCAGUGUGAACCUUCAUAUGAAGGAGAUGGCUACAACUGCACAGCUCCAGAUCUGUGUAAUGAAUAUAAUGGAGGCUGCCAUGUCGAGGCUAAUUGCACCCAGUCUGAUAUCAAAGUUACAUGCACUUGUAAAGCCGGCUACUCUGGAGAUGGCUCUAACUGCUCCCCCAUCAACCUCUGUGUUGAGGAAAAUAAUGGUGGCUGCAGUGACUUUGCAAACUGCAUUUUCAUUGGACCUAAUGAACGACGAUGUGAAUGCCUCCAAGGGUAUGUGGGCAAUGGAGUCCAGUGCUUCGAGAAGGUGGUGCCACCUGUCGAUCGCUGUCUGGAGAACAAUGGAGACUGCAAUGCUAAUGCGAUCUGCAAAGACUUGCAUUUUCACUCCAAAACAGCAGGUGUCUUCCACCUGAGAUCACCAGCUGGGAAGUAUAUGAUGAACUACACAACAGCAGAGGCAGCCUGCAAAGCUGAAGGAGCCACACUCGCUACUUUGGCCCAGCUUUCUGAUGCCCAACAGAUGGGAAUGCACUUAUGUGUUGCCGGAUGGUUCGAUGGAAAAAAUGUGGGUUAUCCAAUCCGCUUUCCAUCUGCAAAAUGUGGUGACAAUCAUGUGGGCAUAGUCAAGUACAAGGAUCCUGAAGAAAAAAGUCUUUAUGAUGCUUACUGCUACAGCAUUAGAGAGGUAACAUGUGAAUGUGGGCCUGGAUAUGUUGGCGAUGGAGAAUUCUGUAAUGGCAAUCUUGCCUCAGUCAUCGCUACCCAUUCAAACCUCUCUAUAUUUUACUCUCUGUUAGUAAAGUAUGCAGAGAUUGCUGUGGAGGGGAAAAAGCUCUUGGAUUUCCUGUCAAGCAGUUCAACAAACACAACACUUUUUGUGCCAUACAAUGCAGGAUUUUCUGGCAAUAAGACUUUGUCAUUCAGAGAUAUGGAAUAUCAUGUAUCCUUAAACAACACCCUACAUUAUUUUGACGAUCUGAAACAUAACACAGCAAUCCCAUCUCGGCUGGGUUAUGAUCUUAAAGUUAUAAUAGUAACCAACAAUGAAACACAAACUGAGGAUUCUCUACCAGUAAAAUUGGUAAAUGAACGGAAAAUAUUAGUUUGGGAUAUUGCAGCUACUAACGGACUGAUCCAAAUCAUUGAGGGACCUCUAAAAGCACCUACUCAGGUGCCACCUUCAGCUCCUUCCCACCAAAAGUCCAGCUCAUCUACAAUGACUGCCAUUUUGAUUGUUAUUUUCAUUGGAGGUGUUAUUGCAGGUGUGGCAUUUUGUUUCCAGAAACAUAAGAACAAUGCCUUUCGCUUCCAGUACUUUAAGAACGAUGAUGAAGACGGUACCUCCCCUACGGCCAGUGGCAAUAAUGAUAUUGUGUCCAUCCAGAACCCUCUAUACAGUGGCUACAGGGCAUUUGCUGAGCCAUUUGGGGAAGGAGAACAAUGUGAAUCAUCGGCUUCAGUUGCAGGAAACACACCAACCCUCCAGGAAUAGCACUGUGAAGUUUCAUUCUUUAAAAUCAAUGUUUUAUUCAAAAUUCACUUCUUGCUAUCCUUAAUGUUUCCUCUUCCUCUUCAUUGGUUAAAGCAUCAGUCAGCAAAAACUUUCAGAUUAUAAAUUGCAUUUAUUGCAUAGACUUGCUUAUUAACCAACUUACAUAUAUGGGAGAAUACAAUCCAAAAACAGAGCUGAGUAGUUAAGGGUCCAACAUCGUUUCUCAGUCAGCCAUUUUCCAUUGUCAGUUCUCAGCCAGUUCUUAUUUCUCAUUGGUUUGAAUCCAGAACAAAAAUGCUGCAAAUUCCUAAUCAGUGACACAGCUUAUGGCCUUAUUUUAUUGCCAUAGAAAACAACUUGUGUAACUUAUUUAAAUAAUUGCUAAUAACAUAAAUGGUCAUUUAAAUGUUAGUGACUGUAAUGAAACAACUUAAAUUGCAACAAUUUCACAUUAUAACAAAGUCUUAUCUGCCAAUUUUGUCAACAGUGAUGUCUCUGUGAUGUUGCCAUUGGGAAUGUGGCUCACAUAUACACUGAUCAGGCAUAACAUUAUGACCUGCCUAAUAUUAUGUUGGUUCCCAUUUUUGCUGCCAAAACAGUCCUGACCUUUCGAGCAUUAACAGCAGUAACUUCUUUAGCAGUUUGCGCUACGGUUACCCGUCUGUUGGAUCUGACCACAUGGACCUGCCUUUGCUCCCCAUGUGCAUCAAUGAGCCUCGUCCGCCCAUGACCCUGUCGCUGGUUCACCACUGUUCCUUCCUUGGACCACUUUUAAUAAAAACAGACCACUGCAGACUGAUAACAUCCCACAAGAGCUGCAGUUUUGGAGAUGCUCUAACUCAGUCAUCUAGCCAUUACAAUUGGCUAGACAAAAUUGGCUAGACAAAACUUGUCAAACUUGCUCAAAUCCUUACGCUUGCUCAUUUUUCCUGCUUUUAACACAUCAACUUUAAGAACAAAAUGUUCAUUUAAUAUCCCACCCACAUACAGGUGCCAUGAGGAAGAGAUAAUUACUGGUUUUAACUUCACUGGUCAUAAUGUUAUAAUGUUAUGCCUGCUUGGCAUAUAUGAAUUUUACCUAUGUGUAUAUAUAUAUAUUUGAACAUUUGAACAUUUUUUUUGCAUCAGUCUGCCCAAUUUAAUAUGAACUUUCCCAGUGUCUGCAUUGAUAAUUUGCCAUAAAUACAUUUGAGAUUGUUACCACUGGGAUACCAGUGCCAGGCCCUUUAUUAUUAUAAGAACAAAGAUUCUUUAAUAUAAUAAUGUUUCCCCAGAAUGUGUUGCUAAGGUUAACUUCUGAGCUAAUCCCACUGGUUUGAUAGUGGUGCAGUUUUGGUUGCUCCUGAUUGACAAUGCUAAUGACCACCAUUUGGCCAUGUGUUACUUCAUAACACUGACAGAUUGCUGUCUGGAAAACUUGGCCGAUCCAAAAUGUCACACUCCAGCUGUAAUUUGAGAGAGUUAGCAGAUUAGUUUGCCUGCUCUGUGCAUUCAUUAGCAUGUGUUAGGGAUACGGCUUUGGUCUUGACUUAAAAUAAGAUGUAGACAGAAAUGAAAACAGACUCAGGCAUACUUGGACUGCUGAUGUAAUUUACAGUGACAUGUGACUGUAAUAAAAAUAAUAGCUAAGUUGUUAAAGCUAGCUACAAAUUCACAGGGCUUCCUGUGAACAAUGGUUGGCUUUGAAACCCUUAACUCAUGCCUCAUUUAGAGUUUUUAUGAAUAAAAUGUACAAAUGUUUCCUAAAUGUCUUUUAAGCCAAAACACAUGCUAUAUUACACCUGGUUAUUUCAGAUGUCCCGAUUUUCAACAUUAUAGCGAAACAAAUAAAUCAUAUAAAAAAAUGCAAAUGUAAAAUCACUUAAGUUAUAAUUUAAGAAGAUUUCAAUCGAAUCAGUGAAAACACUUUUUUACUUUUUAAACCUGUUUGAAACAUAUUUGAAAAUAUAAAGCUUCUCAGUGCAUUAUAUCUGAGCUACAUUCCCCUUAUGUUCACUGUUCUGUGUACACCCAAAAAGUUUUAUUAGUGAUCUGGAAAAAUAGCUGCUGUCCAGAAUGAACAUAAAAAGUAAGAUUUCAUUAAUAAAUAAAUAUCUAUAUCUAUGGGGAGAGCAAACAUGAGAAUAAAAAACGAAAAAUGA